AUGGAUAAUAAAUCCACUAAACUAAAAAUACGACACUGGAAUGCCAACGGUUUAACACAAAAAAUACCAGAACUAUACGAAUUUAUUAGACAAGAAAGCAUAGAUAUUAUGCUAAUUAAUGAGACUAAAUUUAAUAAAAACUCUAAACUAACUAAAUUCUUAGGCUAUAACUUUAUAAGACAAGACAGACCAGACAGUAUAAACGGAGGAGGACUCUUAAUAAUAGUUAAUAAUACAAUUAAAUUUAGUGAACUACCAACAAAACAACUUAAUACAAUAGAAGCACUAGGCAUAAAACUUGCAAAUAAUAUAGAAAUUUAUUCAGUCUAUGUAAGACCCAAAAAUACAGGUAAAACAAAUAAAAUAGACCCUAACGAACUGAAGCAACUAAUGAUAAACUCUAGAACAAUAUUACUUGGAGAUUUCAACGCAAAACAUACUGACUGGCAUUGCUCAAUUAAAAACACAAACGGUAACAUUUUAACAAAUUUAACAGACAAUAAUCAUUUUGAAAUCCUAGCACCAGAUAGAUACACUCUUUAUCCUACAAAUGGAGGCAAACCAAGUACAGUCGAUUUAGCCUUAUUAAAAAAUAUUUAUCAUGCUGAUAUAGAAACAAUAAAUGAUUUGGACUCUGACCACUUACCACUAAUACUUACUCUUAAUCAAACAAACACUAUAAAACUGGACACUAAAACAGUAUUAAAUUAUAAAAAAGCAAACUGGCAGCAGUUCCGUGAAAUAAUAAACGACUCGAUAAUUAUAAACUCAAACAUUAACUCAAAAGAAAAAAUAGAUAAAUGCAUUAAAAAUCUGACAAAUACAAUAAAUGAUGCAAUAAGCAUCGCCAUUCCAGAAAUCGAAAUCACAGCUAAAAUUAAACCACUACCUGACCACAUAAUACUUUUAAUAAAAAAUAGAAAUAAACUAAGACGACAAUAUCAACGUACAGGAAACAAACUCAUAAAAAUCCAAAAAGAAACACUUGCGCAAAAUAUCAAACAAUUAAUUACUGAACACCGAAACGAUCAAUGGGACAAAAAACUUCAAAAUUUAAAAAACGAAGACAACCUAACAAUUAACAUCAACAAUACAAUUAUAGAACCAAAAACUAACGCCAAGUACUUAGGAGUAAUACUAGACAACAAACUGACAUACGUCUCGCAUAUCAAUAAAGCAUGUUCUAACGCAAAAAGUAUAAAGCAUAUACUAUAUCCACUCAUUGGACACAGAAGUAAGCUGAGUAUUAAAAAUAAACUCAUACUUUAUAAAAGCAUGAUUAAACCAAUACUAUUAUACGCGGCUCCAAUCUGGAGUAGUGCAUCUAACAUUAACAUAAAUAAAAUCAAAACAAUUGAAAAUAAGAUACUAAGAAUGAUUAGCAAUGCUCGACUUUAUGAGCGGAAUGACAGCAUCAAAUCCAGACUUAACAUAGAUGAAAUCUAUAAUGACAUUCACAAACGUACGCAGGACUUCUACAACAACAGAACCAAAAAUUUAGAAAUACUACAAGACGUUGGCAUCUUUAAUAAAGACACUGCCCCAUUUAAAAUUAAACACAAACUCCCGAAUCACAUACUCAUUAAUUGA